CCAUUAUUUUUGGUUCUAUAAAUGAAGAAGGUUAUGUACAAAACUAAAGUCUCUCUGUCUCUGUCUCUAGAACUGGAAAACGCAGUUAAACACUUCCCUCUCCUUCAUGAUACAACAAAAACAAAACACAAACUAGCACUUCCUCAAAUUAAAACACAAUGGUUGACGUCGACCGAAGAAUGACCGGUUUAAACCCGGCUCACAUAGCCGGUCUACGACGUUUAUCAGCACGAGCCGCUUCAUCUUCAUCCUCUUCCUCAGAACGCAAUGGUUUACUUUCAUUUUCUUCAGUGGUUGAUAAAGUCAUAACUCAACUUCAUAACUCAGGCGUACAAGUUCAACCUGGUCUCUCCGACGCUGAGUUCGCACGUGCAGAGGCAGAGUUCGGUUUCGUUUUCCCGCCGGACCUCCGAGCAAUUCUCGCCGCCGGCGUUCCUGUUGGUGCUGGUUUUCCUGACUGGCGAUCAAGCGGCGCUCGCCUCCGUCUUCGUGCUUCACUCGACCUUCCGAUCGCUGCGAUUUCGUUUCAGAUCGCAAGGAACGCUUUCUGGUCAAAAUCUUGGGGGUUAAGACCCUCCGAACCGGAAAAAGCACUGCGAGUUGCGAGAAAUGCUUUGAAAAAAGCUCCGUUACUGAUUCCAAUCUUCAACCAUUGCUACAUUCCUUCUUAUCCUUCACUCGCCGGAAACCCUAUUUUCUACGUCGACGAGAAUAGAAUCUUCUGUUGUGGUUUCGAUCUCGCCGAUUUCUUCCAACGCGAAGCUCUCUUCCGAAGCUCCGAAUCGGAUCCGAAGAUUCUCAUGAAACAGAGAUCCGUUAGCGAGAAAUCCGCGGGUUCCUCAACGGUUUUUUCUCGGAGGAGUCUCGAUAAUGGAGGAAGAACGCCAAGGUGGGUGGAAUUUUGGACAGAAGCCGCCACGGAUCGCCGCCGGAGAAACUCUCUGUCGUCGGUUUCGUCGUCGCCGGAGAGGUUUUUUGAAAUGCGACGGUCUGAAAUUCCGGAUUGGGUGGAUGAAUACAUAGGGAAAAUCGGGUCGGUUUUGAGAGCGGGUGGGUGGAGCGAACCGGAUAUAACCGAAAUGGUUCAAGUUUCGGCUUCUAGUUUUUUUGAAGGGGAUUUGGUUGUGCUGGAUAAUCAAGCGUUGUUGGAUGCUUUGCUUUUGAAAGCGGAUAGGUUUUCGGAUUCGCUCCGAAAAGCUGGCUGGAGCUCCGAAGAAGUUUCCGAAGCUUUGGGAUUCGAUUUUCGACCGGAGAAGGAAAGGAAACCGGUUAAGAAGCUGUCGCCGGAACUCGUGGAAAGAAUCGAGAAACUGGCUCAGUCGGUUUCCCGGUCAUGAUAUAAUUAUACUUUGAAUUGGGAUGGGAUGAACAUUUUUCCUUUUUUUACUUUUUGUUUUUUUCCUUCCAAUUUUAAUUUUUAAGAUAUUAGGUUUUGGUUCUCCCUCUUUUGGGAUACGACGAGGAAUUGGAGAAACGCCAUGUACUAGGAAACAAAGUGCACAAAAUAGUUUGAUUUUACAUGUUUAUGAUAAUCUUUGCCUUUAUAUAUACUACAAAAUUAUACUAGUAAGUUCAUAAUAAAUUACCAACGGUUGAAUAUUUCUGUCUUU